CCACCUCAUUUAAUUCGUGUUAUCGAGGAGGAAUCUCUAUCUGUUGACUAGUGUAACCAGUAUACGUAAUGCGAUCAAGAAUAAUCUCUUGCGGCUUCUCGCAUGCGAACACGACAACUCGCCGCAAUUAGUCAUCCGGUGCAUUUUUGCGACUAUCGGUCGUCAUGUCACUGUCACGUCAGCGGAAUUUUCAUUCCGCUCGAAAAUUCCGCCGGCGAUAUCGCGCGUAGGAUCAUGCGUCUCCGCAUGCCGGAGCGGAUAAAAAUUUCCCGCAUUCGGAAGCGCGCGCGGAUACGUGUGUAUCGCGCCGCCGCGGUCCCGAUAUCGUCGGCGAGAUCCUUCGUGUCGGCGUGCGAAAACAGGUGAUAUAUCCGUACGUGAGCAGCAGACGGAUAAUGCCGCGCGGGACGGAUGGGGGAGGGAUUUGCGGAAACGUGUCUGGCUGUCCUGUGGAAGUAGAUUAUUUAGACGCGGUUUACGUCCGCGACUCGUCCGAGGAGGAAAGCGCCGGCAGGGUAUAUUACCCCGAAGCAAGAGCGCGACAAGCAUCGCGCGACCGCUCGGAGAGAAACACUCUCUUUCUCCUCUUCUCCAAGAGAGAAGGUUGCACCUGAACACUAUUUCGCGCGCGAAUUUAGUCCGAAGCCACUUUUGUGUUGUAAAAUUCUCCGGUGAGUGUAAAAUUGUUUUACUUUACUUUCGUGCGUCGUCUGUGAAUCUCUUCGAUGCGAUUACAAUUAGGCGAAAAGAAUCAUCUUAAGGAGGCUGUAAGGCUUGGCGUUGUAUUUUCAGUGACACAUCGAGGCGGGAAUCACUGGCUUGAUCGAUCGACAAAAUGGCUACAAGUUGGUGUUUCGUCUUGUUGAGUUGUAUCACCCUCGUGAAUGGUCUGUUCCGGACACGCGAAUUGCUGCCUCCGUUGAACAGUCCUAACAAAAUGCUGGGAGAUUACGUUGCGGAAAAUGGUUAUCUGUUCGAACUUCAUUAUGUGACAACCGAAGACGGAUACAUAUUAGCUCUGCAUCGGAUACCUCCUAGCGACCCGAGUAAAUUGAACGCUCCAAAUCGGCGGGUAGUAUUGCUCAUGCACGGAUUAUUAGGGUCUUCGGCGGAUUGGCUGAUAACGGGUCGAAAUCGUUCGAUCGCUUUCCUUUUAUCUGAUGAUGGUUACGAUGUGUGGCUCGGUAACGUCCGUGGAACCACAAACUCCAAAAACCACACGGAACUCUCCAUACAAAGCGCGAAAUUUUGGGACUUUAGCUGGCACGAGAUCGGUCUUUACGACACACCCGCUAUGAUAGACUACAUAUUGGAUAAAACCGGUCAGAAGAAACUGUUCUAUAUAGGCUUCUCUCAGGGAACAACACAGUUUUGGGUCCUGAUGUCUCUCAGGCCGGAGUACAACGAGAAGAUCAAACUCAUGACCGCCUUAGCUCCUGUCGCUUACACAGGACACAUCACUGGUGUGUUGAAGAUUCUCAGUUACUUCGCUUAUUUCUUCAAGGGACUUUACAAGUAUACCGGAUACUUCGAACUUCUGUCGAGUACGUUCACAAUGAAAACCAUAUCGUACGGUAUAUGUAAGAAAGAUAUGAUAACUCAGCCCUUCUGCGAGUUACUGAUCUACCUGGUUGGCGGUUUCAGCAACGGCGAAUUCGAUCACGUGAACUUGGGGAAAUUUCUGCAAUUCUCUCCCGCGGGAUGUUCGUACAAGCAAUUGGUUCACUACGCGAUGGGCAUUCAAAAUCCAGGUCAUUUCCAGCCUUACGAUUAUGGCAUACUGUCAAACAUUAAGAUUUACAAGCGAAUUAAGCCGCCCGAAUAUCCCGUGCAUAAAGUUACGGCCCCAGUGCUUUUGUGCAUCGGCUUGAACGAUUGGCUGGGUCAUCCAAAGGACGUGGAUAUAUUGAGCAGAAAAUUGCCGAAUGUCGUAGAGAAGUUUACGGUGACGCUAAAGAGGCUGAAUCACUUCGACUUCCUGUUCGGCCGGCACACAUCAACCCUUGUUUAUGCUCAUGUGAUUACAAAGAUGAACGCUAUUCCGUAAGGAUGAGGCAAGAAGAGAUAACUUGGGAUUUUGCUUGCCGUUUCUGUGAAUUACAAACGAUUUUGCUCAAUUGCGAUCUGUGUAUCAGUUAGUUUAUUAGCGAUCAGUGAUUUCAGCCCGGCUGAGGCCGUAAGAGGUCGCGAAUGUGCAGAGUCGCUGUGGAAAGAAGAUUACUUCAACUGAUCUUUUCGCAUUGCGUAAUUUUAUCUCGCGUCCUUCUCUCGUGUAAUCACGUAAACUUUGUACAUUACCCGCACUGCGUCGAUCAAGAUAUAACGGUGUCUCUCUUUCUUUCUGUUCAUUUUUUUUUAUUAUGAGGAAGGAAAUGAAGAGAGAGAGAGAGAGAGACAUUUCUGUAUACAAGUGGUCGGUAUUUAUACACGUUGCCUCACGACGAUUCUUCGCAUUCCUUUUCCUUCUUAUUAUUAAGAAGAGAAGAGAGAAACUUCAGCGCACACGAGCGAUCGAUACUUAUACACACCGCCUUACGUGUAUCAUUAUUUAUUGUAUAUCAUGCGGUUUUAUACACUAUUUGAGAAGAUUGAAUAUGAUAUAUUCGAAAUAUGUAACUGUAUACACAUUGCGCUGAUACGUUGAUGAACUGAAUCAUAGUGAAAUCGUUGAAGCCGAGUGGAAGCCAGUGGAAGAUGCUGAAACAAAAUAAGAUUUCUAGGACUCCUGGUCGAAAUGCUGGCGCGCGCGUAACACAUUCAAUCUACGCGAUCAUCGAUCAAUGACUUUGGAAAAAUAUUAUUUUUUUGUAGCGUAGCUUUUUUCUUUUUUGUCUUAGCAAAAUCCGAAUGUACCUUUUCAAUUCUUAAGUCGUUUGUGUCAGAAGUACAAAUUUUGAUUUCUCGAUAGAAUACAAAUCUCCACAUACUCUACUCAGUGCUUUCCGAAUUCAAUACGUUAGUACAAUUAUAAUUGUAUAACGCUUACUUGUAAAUAUAUAUAUAUUUUUUUUAUAUGUACAUAUAUAAUUAAUAUUGAACAUGUGAUUAUUUAAUAUUGAGCGAUGAAGGGUCUGUCGCGUAAUUCACUGUACAAAACUCGCACUAUGUUUCUAUCCAGGAUCUAUAACUCUGAUGUCUAAAACAAAGUUGGAAGAUUAAAACUCGUCCUCAUG